UGGCAACAUUGAUUAGAUGUCAUUUUGGAAGAUGUGCCGAAUUUUCCGCUUGUGAAAAUGGAAAUAAAUGCAGCCCAAAGAAAGUUAGAAAUAUGUAAACUAUCGGAAUUUUUAAGUUCGGCUAAAAAUCAGGUGGAUUCAUUAGUGAGUUCAUUGGGUUGGACUACUGAUAACCUAAAAAAGUCGGAAAUUAAAUAUAACUGCCCAUAUAAUCCAGGUCAUGUUAUUUGUUCGAAGACUGCCAAUGAACACAUUAGUAAAUGUUACCUUAAAUCACAAGGUUAUAAAUUGGACGAAGCAUUUCUUUGUGAACCAAAAAUCGAGUCAAAUAACUCAGUUAAAAUUGAUCAUGCAUUGAAAAUACAAAUUCUCAAUCAUACACGAUCAACGCAACAUGAUUUUAAGCAAGUAUGGAAUGGUUUAAAUUCAGAACCUAUGACAUCAAGUAGAUUAACUUCCACAUUCUCAGCGGAUGAAAGAUUAGCAUUAUACAAUUACUGUAUCGCCCAUACAGUAAAACCAAAAGUACCUGAAGAUUUGCCUUUAUUUUCGGAGAGUGGCAUUACGGAUAAAAACCUUUCUUACGAAGAGAUUGAAGCGUUGAAACGCGAUUCGAAACGUAGAAGAAUCAAAUACAGGGCAGUGCACACAAACAAAAAAUCCUACAAUGAGGUUAUGAAAGAGGUAAUCGAAAACCAGAUGGAGGUUUUUGAAGACUGGCUGACCUGUCGGAAUAAAGGCAAAAAGCGCGUGCCUGAUCCAUCAAAUGCCUCAAAAGGUAGCUUGGAUGACGUGGAAAGGCCACAGUCAUCGACUAGCAAACAUUCUGGUACGAGUUCCAGGCACAGCAAAAAACACGAGCACAGAGAACAUCGAAACGAUGGCUAUGAACGUGAUAAAAGUCGCGAUAGGCACCGUAGAAAACACAGAGAACAUAGGGACUCGAGCGAUAAGAGGCAUAGACUGAGAGAAUAUUCCGAAGAAAAACGCCAUAAAAGUGGAAGAAGUAUCCAUGAAGAAAGACGGGAUUACAGACGUAGUAGAUCAGACAGACGCCAUUAACAAUUUUUUUAUUAUUAGUUUCUUUAUUUUGAAUGAUUAUGUUUUAAUAAAAACAACUUUUUGUGCUUAUAAGUAUUGUUUUUUAUUUAAAACAGUGGAUCAAAUGGUUUUAUUAUUUGUCAAAG